AUGGCUGCCAUGACAACGGUACCCAGCUAUACCCCUUCGCUGUGGGUGAGAGUGUGUCAUGCCCUCCCCCGGCUGGACCUCACCAUGCAGAUGAAGGACAACAUCUUUGUCCCCGACAGCUGGGAGUACCAGCAGACUCUGCUGGUUUUGUCCAGUUUAUCAGCCAUCGCUCUCGUUAUCUCCCUCUUGGUGGUUCUCUCCUUCCUCAUACACUACUGCUGCUGUCACCGUGGUGACCGGAGCGAGGGAUCAGAGGAGGAGGAGGAGGAUGAGGAUGCCAGCACAGGUCACGGUUACAGCGGGAAGAAGGGGCGGGGCAUCGGCUGUGUCACGUGGGUGGCGGUGGCGGCUGUCACGCUGUGCUGUGUUGCCAUAGGCAUCGGUUUCUAUGGCAACAGCGAGGCUAAUGAUGGGAUGUAUCAGUUGACCUCGUCUCUUCUCACAGCCAAUUAUACGCUAGCUUCCAUCGAUCUGCUGAUUUCAGACACAAUUGCUGGGCUGCAGCUGUCUAUCUCUGGCCCCCUGACCUCAAUGGAGGAGCUGUUUACUGGCAGCAAACCCUUCCUGGUGUCGACACGGAACUGCCGGAGGUUAUCUGAGAACGUGGUCAACCUCCUCUCCUCCAUCUCCCUGGCUCGGUCCAGAUUUGAUGCAGGUCUGGGGAAUGACAGCAGUGUCAGUGGGGCGUCCAUCAUACCUUUGACCCCAGUACCUCCCUCUGUGGCUCCAACAGCGGUGCCAACUGGCAGCAUAAUGCCCAACCCUUUCUCACCUGGCUGGGCGGCCAACACGCUGAUGGUCAAUGAGGACUACAGGUGGCUGUCGUACGUGUUGCUGCUGCUGCUUGACCUCAUAGUGUGUUUGUUCAUCCUGCUGGGACUGGCCAAGCAAGCCCGCUGGCUGCUCAUCCUGAUGACCGUGCUGGCCUGGCUGGCUCUCUUCCUAAGCUGGGGCUCCCUGGGCUUGGAGACAGCCACUGUAGUGGCUCUCAGUGACUUCUGCUCAGAUCCGAACACGUUUGUCCUCAACUCCACCCACUUCACCACCGGCACCAGCUCAGAUGUGUUGGAUUAUUACCUGACCUGCAGCAGGCGCAUGAACAGUCCAUUCCAGCAGCUGUUGACCCAGUCACAGAGGGCACUGUCCAACAUUCACACUCACCUCUCCAGUCUGGACAGAAAUGCUCUCACACAGUUCCCCAAAGCUGAGAAAUCACUCAGGGAGGUUCAGCAGAUACUAAACUCCACAGAGGGCAACUUUCAUCAGUUGGUGGCACUGCUGAACUGUCGAGGUCUGAAUAAGGACUACAUUGACUCUUUGAAAGGCCUGUGCUAUGAUGGCAUGGAGGGAUUGCUCUACCUCUCCCUUUACUCUUUCCUCUCUGCUCUGGCCUUCACUGCCAUCCUCUGCUCUCUGCCCGGUGCCUGGAGGAGCUUCCCCAGUGAAUCAGAAGAGUACGAAGACUCGGACAGCGAGAGUGAGGACCCCUUCACCUCCCAUCAGGCACGUAGACAGACGGCCUCGGGGUCUCAGCGAGGGGCCAUGGCCCCCUUCUAUAAUUACCCGGGGGCCGGGUGGACACCCCCGUUUUCUAGCGCGCCACCCCUCCCGACUCCAAACGUUUCCUCCAAUGGCAACCCUGGCUAUGAGAGCCUCCCCUUGACUGACAGGCAGUCCCCACCCCCCUCUUACUCUCCCAGCAUGCUGACUGGUUACGGGGGAAGUCAAUCACACCCCAAUCCUGCCCAUUCGCGGAACCUGUAUUCACGUUGAUUAUUUUUUUGUUAGGAAAUGUAUAGAAAAAAAAUGUUUAGUUUUCAUAUGAAUGGACACUUUACUGAAAUGAAAAAGAAACUAAUCUAAAUACAAUGAAUGCUAGGUGUCAAUUCAAAGUGCGUAACGUCAGUACCACUGAAUAUUAUUAUUGUCAGAAGCACGUAAAAGAAACAGGUCUAAAUGGACUGCUGAUAUAACCGGCGGUGAUAAUGCUGGUCAGAUGGUUGUGCAAAGCUACGAACCAAGUCCACUUGGUCUAAAUUAUUUCCCCUUGUCUGUCCAAACUCUGUGUAAACUGUGAACAGUGGUGAGGCAAGUCAGAAUGGUAUUGACGUUACUACGUUGUAGUUUUAUAUUCUUAAAUGUAUCAGUACCACCAAUUUAUUUUUAAGUUUUUAUAUAAAUAUUGUUGUAGAAAAGCACUGGCACGUAGCAACAAGACACAUUUUUUUCUGUGAAUGGUUAUGCAGUUCCCUCACUUGGUAUCAUUUUUUUUAUUACUUUUUAUAGGUGGCAAUUCUGUAUUUUCCUUGUAUUACCAUAUGGUAUUCUGUAUAUCUCACUGUCUAUAAUAUCUGAAUAAUCAUGAACCUUUGCUCUUAAAAAAAUUACUUGAGGGCUACCAUGACCCUGUUUUAAUGACUGAAUGGAGAACUACAACUGCCACUCCAGUCUUGAGAGUGGAGAACUACAAAUCCCAUGCAAUGACAGCAGGUACAUAGCAAUAUGAUUCUUGCUACUGGUGCUGCAGUAGCCCUACCGUAACUAGCAAUAAUAACUAUGUAUAGCAUUGGGUUUCUGAGAUCUCUCCAAGGUGUUUUGUGUAUAUAUGGUAUGGUAUGUUGGAGAUUUCAUUGAAUCCCCUGUCCCUGCCAACUGACCUUGUUAACCCUUGAAUUGAGUUUGUAUGGUUAUCAAUGCUCCUUUUGAAUGGCAUCCUUUUACACU